AUUCAUUCUUUCAUAUAAAUACAUAACCAAAACCACUACCAUACUCAACAAACUUUCAAACCUACACACUUCAUAUUCUCUCUUAUUCAACAAGUUAGGUUUUCAGCUUUCAAGUUUCAACAACCACUAUGCCACAGUUAGAUUUCGAAGCGUUAGUUUCCGCUUUAUCCGGCGUCGCCACCGACCAUAAAAUCGCAUGCGAACCAACGGAAAAUUCACAAUUACAAUCCCAACAACAGCAUCAUUCCGACUCACCGCCGCCGGAAUCGUUUUGGCUUUCCAACGACGCGGAAUUGGACUGGUUUGACAGAAACGCCGUCUACGAACGAAACGAAUCAACCAAAGGAAGUUCGAUUUCCACGAACCUAAACCCUAACUCCGCCUCAAACUCGCAGCGAUUCUCCAAGAAUAUGAAGAAAUCCAAGGCUACGAUAAUCGGAUUGCCGAAAUCUCAGAAAGCUUCGUUUGCGGAAGUUCGGUGCCAGCGUAAGCAUCGACCGGGAAACAACACUAGGUUGUUUCCGAAACGAAGCGCGUCAAUCGGAGGAAAAUCUGAUUCUAUAGUUUUGGAGCCUUCGUCUCCGAAGGUUUCUUGCAUAGGAAGAGUUAGAUCCAAACGGAGUUGUAAUCGCCGGUUGAGAACUCGUCAGAGGUCGGUUUCCUCCACCACCACCUCCGUCACCGUUGUUAGACAAAAAUCUUCCCGUAGUCAAAGAAAGAAGAAAACCGGUUUCAUCCAAAGCGUUUGCGCAAUUUUCCGAAGCCACCGGAGUGGAAAAUCAGCACAGAAAACGGAUCUUGACCUUCCACCGGGAGAUGAAUCUUCCUCAAGAAACAAGAUAGCGAGCCGAACCGAGGACUCGUUUGAAGAAUCGGUUUACAGUGAACCGCCCGGUUUGGGUUCAAUGAACCGGUUCGUGUCAGGGAGGCGGUCCGAGUCAUGGGGAGUAGGUGAGUCUGAAAUCACCUCUUCACAUUAGGAUUUGUUUUGGCGCCGAACGAAUUCGGUGGCUGCCACGUGUGGGCCCGAUGUUAGCGUGUGUUCAUUGGGCUCGAAGUUUUGAAUAGUUGUUGAAAGAUGACGUGGCACGUAGAAUAACUGUUUGUAACUGUUUCACACUAGUACUUGCUUAGUUUGUGCUUUGAAGCGUGUUUGAAUUUGCUGUUUCUAGUUUUUGAACUUAUCUGUUUUAGGAGUAAAGUGACAUAACGACGGCGUUUUGUAAAUAUGAUUCGUGUGCCCUUUUGCUGUAAUGAGCAAGUGUAAAUUUUUUAGCAUAAUGUUUCAUAAUUCAUACACACUUACAAAA